GCACGACAUAAAAAGUCUCUCUUCCCCAAUCUUCCGAAAACAUGAAAUCUAUAACGUUAGUCCCAUUAAACCCCACAAACAAAAUAUCUACUUCGAUAUAGAUAUAGGCAUUUGUGCUACACCACCUUCACCAUGUCGUCCCAGACAACAACCCCACUUCCCCUCGUCGAUCACAUCGUGAUCCUAAUCCCACACUCCUACCUCUCCGCCCCGCCCCCCUGGUUCGCGGACCUCUUCACCUUCUACCCGGGCGGCCAGCACGCCGACGGGCUCACGGAAAACACCCUCGCGCUCCUCGCCGACGGCUCCUACAUCGAGUUCAUCGCCUUCGUGCCCGGCGCCGACCCCGCUCGGCGCGCCAGGCACCAGUGGGGCCGCAAGCACGAGGGCGAGGUCGUCGAUUGGGCCGUCACCCUGCCACCAGGAGGCCUGGAGCAGAAGGAAAAGACGUUCCAAGCGAUCCAGCAGAAGGUCCGCGACGCGGACACGGGCAUCGUGUACGGCGACCUUGUGCGCGGCGGCAGGAUCAGGCCCGACGGAGAGGUUCUGGAGUGGGGUGUUGCGUUCCCGAAGAAGGCAAGCGAUGGCAGCCCCGUAGACCCCGGGACCGUGCCGUUCUGGUGUCUGGAUGUUACGCCGAGACAUCUACGGGUGCCGUAUGACGGCCCGGAUGAUAGCGCAUGGACAAAGCAUCCGUCCGGCGCUGUCGGUGUCGCGGGGAUCCAUGUGACGCGGUCUGCAGAAACCGUGAAAAGCGCCGGUGGGGUGUACGAUGUGCUACUCGGGAAGGCGAGUAGUGCAGAGGCGACAACAGGAUGGAAGAUAAGGACGCUGGAUGGCGAGAAGGUGCACUCAGACGCUGAAGUACGUCUCGCUACGUCGAGGAAGGGCGAGGCGACGGUUAAGAUCUCGUUUUUCACGGAUGAUAUGAGCUUAGCUGGGAAGACGGUGGGCGGGAAGGUGAAUGAGGAGCAUGGCCUAGAGUUUUAUUUGGCGCCUGCGUUUGGGAGUGAAUAGAUGCUCACAGGCAGACAAUAGGAUGACAUGCCUAGGUAGAUAGGUACGAUAUCGAAUAACAUAACGAAAAACGUUCCAACUAGUAUACUGAUUAUAGAUAUACAUGGUUAGGAACAUAUGUAAG